GGUGCAUUGUGGGAUGCAAAAUGGCUCAAUCGUGUUGUCAGCAGAGUAGCCAGCCAGUUAUAUCUUAUAGCCAUACAGUUACAUUUACAAAUAAGUACAGUCGAUAAAGUAUUGUUAAUAAUUGUUUAGAGAAUAUCACUUUGAUAAACAGCAACUUUUUAUUGCAUUCGCGUCUUUUGGUCGAGACAACAGCCACCAUGUCCAGCAAAGUAGACAAAGUGAAAAGUGAGUCCAGUAUAAUACGUUUUGAAAGAAAAAGUACCACUACUGAGUCUGCCACAAGAGGAAAUGACAGAAGAAGUACUGAGUCUGCCACAAGAGGAAAUGACAGAAGAAGUACUGAGUCUGCCACAAGAGGAAAUGACAGAAGAAGUACUGAGUCUGCCACAAGAGGAAAUGACAGAAGAAGUACUGAGUCUGCCACAAGAGGAAAUGGCAGAAGAAGUACUGAGUCUGCCACAAGAGGAAAUGGCAGAAGAGGUACUGAGUCUGCCACAAGAGGAAAUGACAGAAGAAGUACUGAGUCUGCCACAAGAGGAAAUGACAGAAGAAGUACUGAGUCUGCCACAAGAGGAAAUGACAGAAGAAGUACUGAGUCUGCCACAAGAAGAAACGACAGAGGAAGUACUGAGUCUGCCACAAGAAGAAAUUACAGAAGAAGUACUGAGUCUGCCACAAGAGGAAAUGACAGAAGAAGUACUGAGUCUGCCACAAGAGGAAAUGACAGAAGAAGUACUGAGUCUGCCACAAGAGGAAAUGACAGAAGAAGUACUGAGUCUGCCACAAGAGGAAAUGACAGAAGAAGUACUGAGUCUGCCACAAGAGGAAAUGACAGAAGAAGUACUGAGUCUGCCACAAGAGGAAAUGACAGAAGAAGUACUGAGUCUGCCACAAGAGGAAAUGACAGAAGAAGUACUGAGUCUGCCACAAGAGGAAAUGACAGAAGAAGUACUGAGUCUGCCACAAGAGAUGACAGAAGAUCACCAAGCACAGGGAAAGAAAAAAGGAAAACGAAACGGAGCCACAGUAGAUCAUCUUCCUCAUCCAGCUCAUCAUCAUCAUCCUUUUCAUCCUCGUCAUCCUCAUCCCGCUCUUCAUCCCACAGUAGGAGUAGUUCCAGCAGCAGUGAUUCCCACAACAAAUCCAGAAGGAAUUCUAAGAAAAGGAAAAAGGAAAAACAACACAAGAAGAAAGGGAAAAAGGGGAAGAAGCAUAAACGAAAGAAGGACAAGAAAAUGACACCAGAGGAGGAAAGCGCUGGACCUGGACCUAUUCAGAUCUCCAAGUAUUUGAAGGAGAGAUGGAGAAAAAGCAAGUACAGCAUGAUCACAGGAAAGAAGAUCAAAAUGAAAUUGAAGAAGUCCAAGAAAGACAAGCUGAGGGACAAGAAUCGCGCCGAACUGCUUGAGUUCCUCAACUCCACGUUGUAAUGCAAAGGGCCGUCACCGUUGGUUAUGUUCCAGAACCUUCCAAUUUUUGUGCAGAACAGAACUCAGGGAAAGACGACCAUUUUGAUGAAGCUCUGAACUAACAUCCAUUUACAGGGUUAUUAUUAUCACUGCAAGAGAUGUGGGACAUGUAAUCUCAAAAUGACAGAAUGUGCCAUGUCUCUCUUUUAGAAAAAGCGUGUUGUCACUCCUGUGGUUGUCGGCCCCUUUCUUCAGACCAGUGGAGAUUGCUGAAGGAGAACGGCUCAUAAUAAUGGCUGGAACGGAGCCAAUGGAACGGCAUCGGACCAUGUGUAUUCGAUGCCAUUCCACCAAUUCCGCUCCAGCCAUUACCACAAGCCCGUCCUCCCCAAUUAAGGUGCCACCAACCUCCUGUGCUUCACACUGUUUGGAACUGAUGUCUGUGUGUUUGGUCUUUAGAAUUGUAAUUUUACUAUAACAUCAAAGGAGCCAGUCACUGUCUUUUUAUCAGUAUGUUUGCUGCACAAGGUGUUGCUAAGCAAGUUAGAACAGUGUUGCUGUGGUGGAGACUACAGAUAAGCAAAGAUCUGAGUGAUGAACAACAUACCUGGGUUCAAAUAGUAUCGGUUUUCUUUUAAGUACUUCAGUUGAUUAAGCUUGCCCGGCACAAUGGAACAAAAGGAAAAGUGCCAACCCGUCCAUCUUUCACGCCAGCAGGCUCAAGAGCUUAAAGUAUUUGAAAGCAAAUACUAUUUGAACCCAGGUCUGAUGAACAAAGAGAUUUGGGUACAUUUUAUUGUAACGUAGUCUCAAAUAGAACACCAGUCCGGCAUUGCAUUGUGUUUGAUGAUGAUCUAUGUUUUUCUAGUUGUUUUAAGAAGGUCCAAAACAGUCUUGCAGCUAAACUCGGGUCCCCAGGAAUGUAGUUUAUUGUUAGAUAUAUUGAUUAUCAGAGAAUAAUGUAUAGUAUGUACAAAUCUGAGACUGGAUGUCAUCACAUGUAAUACUAUAAAUCAAUAUUAUUUUGGAAAAGCUUUUUAUAUUUUGUGAAGCCCACUUGAUGUGGCAAACUGCUAGAGUCCACCCAAUAAAACAGCUCUUCUCUCAACAGCAAUAAA